AUGGCGGCUGGCAGCCCUGAUAACCAGUCGGUCUAUUGCUCAUUUCUCCACUUCAGACUGAGAACACACGGCAAACUGCAGCUAUCUGCCGUCAUGCUAGUGACCGCAGUAGCAUCCAUUAUUCUGGUAUUCGCUGCUCAGAGCGACGCUCGCAGUCUUGUGGAUGGGAACACAGCGCGCUGGCCCUCAUUAAGCUUCCACUUUUCCAUCAAGCGCAGCUCCACGAGAAUCCACGAACACUCGGACUUCUCCGUAUUGGCAAACCCAGUUGUAUCGGCUACUGGCGAUGCUGUCGACAGUGUUUUAUACGAUACCUUCGCCUCGCUCACUGAGGAUUCGACGCAGUACAACUACACGGUCAUAGACGGCAGCGCUUACAUUUCUCACAGUCCUUUGGACAGCGAUACAAACGCCGUGGUAGAUUGUGACGAUUCAGAUGUGGUGUCGUCCAUUAACUCCAUCAUAAGUGCACUCAACAAUGCCACCCCCGUGUCAAGAAUAUCUUCAAGCAGCGGUGUAAUUGACUGUCCAAGUGGAAACACGUUCAGGGUUUCGGUCAAUGGAAUCGACCUGGGCUUGUGCUAUUCGGAGUCUUCAGGCUUCAAGCUGUACGGUGACGACAUGGAAAUCGCCGUGGAAUUUCUGAAAACUCAUGAGCAAAUCAACAAACCGAAAUUUGAUGAAAAAGAGUGCGCGAAAGUGGCAUUGCCAGUUUUAGUAACUUCAGUCGGGAAGUUUUUGCUCACUGGGGGAACAAUUCCUCAUGACGCCAGGAGAUUAAAAGCUAUGCUGUUCAAUCUCGACCUCUCCCUUAAAGACGAACCAUGCACGUGCAAGUCGACGCCGCGCCCGUGCAUUUUUAUUCAUGGCUUGGGAAUCAAGACCGAAGAGCCCGAGAAUCUGGACGUGUUCCCUACUAAAUACUGGGGCAACCUUACAGACCACGCGCCAUGCUGCUCAUCAAUGAAGUAUGCUAUGCUAGACACGGUGAAUAACUCGUGGACGGACGGUGAGCAGCAGCAGAAAGUCUGUGAUCGAGCGCUUGCGGUGAACCAGCAGCCCAGUCAAGACAGUGCCAUCACAGACACUAUUAUCAUCACGCACUCCAUGGGCAACCUUAUGCUCGCUGGCGCCAUCGCUACGGGCAAAUGCAGCCUGGCUGCGUCUUCAACAUGGGUGGGUUUAUCAGGUCCAAUGCGUGGAAGUAUGGCCUCCAACUAUUUCCAAGACUCCUGUAAGAACGAAACCAACUUUCUUGUCGAAAAUUUAGUAGCAAAGACUGGGUACUGUCCCGCUGUUGACGGAAUUGAUUCCCUCGCGUACGAAGGCGACAGCUACAGCAAUCCGGAACAGGAUGCAGCGUACGUGGAGGCGCAGAAGGCGUACCGAAGCAAUGUGAAGGCCGUCAUGUGCAGUAACGGGUUCUCCGGACUGCGAUCCGACCGGCAAUGGUGGUAUUGGAUGUUAGGAACUGUCGUUUCGCACCACUCUUUCAAGAACGACGGUUUGGUGGAAUUCGACAGUUGCGCGGGUGGAUUCCCUACGUCGGAUUUCGGGAAUUCCUACGAGGACAAAUUCUACGUGACAAAACUAAACCACGCAGAUACCGCGUUUAGAAAUGGCGAUGGGCUCCUCAGUAAGGCCAAAAUGCCUGUGAAGUGGUUCGAGUGUCUGCUCUAA